AUGAAGACAAAUGGCUUGGAAAAUGGUGAGCUGUUUUGAAGUGUUUCGAAGUAAUUUAUGCGAUGAAACGGGUUUAAAGUUGGUGUAAAAGCAUUAGAAACACUGAGAAAACAUGAAUCUCCGCCUAAAAACUGGAAAACCGCGUUUUGGUUGUUGCUUUUUAAAAUUUCUCUGGUUUUCCUUCGAUUUGAUAUUAGUCGAAUCUUAAAUGUUGUUGACUUUCCGAACUACUUCAUGUUGUUUGCUCACCGGGCUCGGCGAGCAGGAAAAAGAAGUUCGUUCGCAAAAACAACUCGUUUUCCGCAGGUUUUGGGAGUUUUCGGCUCAUUUCUUAUAGAUUUUGGAUUGACAGCUAAUUUCUGCUUAGCUUUUUGGUUAUUUCUUUGAAUUUUCACUAGUUGUCGUUGUAAAACGUUUUCAAACAAUUUUUCGACAGAAAAACGUCUGAUUCUUGAAUAUCUAGGUGUUUUGAAACAAUUUUAAAGAAACAAUUGUGUUUUUAACAAUCCUUCAUGUUGGAAAAUACCUGAAAACGCUUCCAAAAGAGCAUAAACCGGUGGAAAUGCUCCAAAUUUCUCUGCGUCUUCACGUUUCGCGUGCUUUCUCGUUUGUGUGCAGUUUUGCGUAGCCCGUCCGCAAACACCGCGAUGUUAACCGUACCCUCCCGCCGAAUUUCCAUCGGCGCCAAUUUGUCAUCGUUUUUGGCGAAACUCGUUCUUUCGUGUGGUUUCGGAUCAUUUUUCGUACUUUUUGCUCUGAAAUUGGAAACUUUGAUUGAUUUUUAAAGUUGCUUAGUAAACAUUAGUGAGAAAUUAUUGUUUGUUUCAUAAUUUUUGGCUAAAAGUCAUGAGCGAAAAAUCUCUUCAAAUUUGUUCGAUUUUUCGCUGUAACUAACAUUUUCUAUCAGUUCUAGCCGAUUCCUAGCCGCAAAUCGAUAAUAGACUAUCUCUUCAUUAAGUUAAGUCUCUAAGAAUAAAAUUUCUGUACUCAAUCAAGAAAUUUGCCAUAAAAAUCGGUAAACUCAAUAAAAACGAUGUCAACAAUCAUUUUUCGCUCAAAAGUCGCUAAAUGUUUCAUAAAAACACCUAAAACUCCCUAAUUUUCAUAAUUUUGCAGAAUCUGCAAUGUCUGGAGGCACCAUCAUGGACACAAUGACUUCGUUGCCGCACCAGAACGAUCAGAACGUGAUUCGCCAUCUCACCAACCUCGGUAAGCGCCGAAAUGUUCGAAAAUGCCUAAAAACCUAAAAAGUUGCAGUCAAAUCGCCGGCUUCCAACGACGAUGACAUCAAAAAGAAGGAGGAAUCGAUUAUGGAGCUCGGAAAUAUGUUGGCGCAGAACAAACAGACCGAAGAGUUGAGAAAGGUGAUUUUUAGGCUGAAAUUGAUCUUGAAACCCAAUUUUUCUGCAGAUGAUCGAGCAAACGAGACCGUUUCUGGUGUCUUUGGGAAAGGCGAAAGCGGCCAAAUUGGUCAGAGAUCUUGUGGAUUUAUGUCUGAAAAUUGAGGACCAGGAUGGAGAUAUCAAGGUAACGAAAAGCAAACAAUAACUAAAAUUCAUGAAAUUGCUGCAGGUCGGACUCGUGAAGGAGUGUAUUCAGUGGGCCACCGAACAAAACCGUACUUUCCUCCGCCAGACACUUACCGCUCGUCUCGUCCGUCUCUACAAUGAUCUUCUGAGAUUUACUCAGGCUCUUCCGCUUGGUACGCAAUAACGGCUUUUCGAGCUUUUAGAGUGCAAAACAUUUCCCAUUUUUAAAAAGAUUCUAAAGCUCUGCGACUCUUAUAUUUGCAAUGCUGCCCGAAUUUGUUUAAAAAUCACCGGAAAACUUGCAGCGGCCGACCUGAUCCGUGAGCUGAAGAAGGUGGACGACAAAGACGUGCUCGUGGAGGUGGAACUGGAGGAGUCGAAGGCCUACUACAACCUCGGAAACAUCGGAAAAGCCCGUGCCUCGCUGACGGGCGCCCGCACCACCGCCAAUGCGAUCUACGUGAAUCCGCGCAUGCAGUCUGCCCUCGAUCUCCAGUCGGGAGUGCUGCACGCGGCCGAUGAGAAGGACUUCAAGACGGCCUUCUCGUACUUUUACGAGGCGUUCGAAGGAUACGAUUCGGUCGACGAGAAGGCCUCCGCACUCACCGCACUCAAGUACAUGCUCCUCUGCAAGGUAAUCGCGGGAUUUGCUUAGAAAAUUUUGAGAAAGAACAUACAAAUUUUGAUUGUUAUGCUCAUUAUCGAUUAUCCAAUCGUUCUCUGACUUUGUACAGUUAUCAGUAUUAGUCAGAGGUUUCUCUUAGAAAAGUUUCAGCAUGAUUGAAUCUAUUUGAAGUUGAAGUUCUCGUGUUUUGAAAAAAGUGAGGCGUUUUCGUCUUGGAGCUGAAACUGAAUGUAGAUAAUCGAUAAUCGCAAACAAAUGUAACCCCAGAAAGCAUCCGAACGUUUCUCGGUUUUCAGGUGAUGUUGGACCUUCCGGACGAGGUGAACAGUUUGCUCACGGCCAAAUUGGCGCUCAAAUACAGCGGCGGGGACCUGGAAGCGAUGAAAGCGAUCGCGGCGGCCGCUCGAAAGCGAUCGUUGAAGGACUUCCAGGCGACGUUCGGGGCGUACCCGCAAGAAUUGCAAAUGGACCCGGUCGUCCGCAAACACUUCCACUCGCUGAGCGAACGAAUGCUCGAGAAGGAUCUGUGCCGCAUCAUCGAACCCUACUCGUUCGUGCAAAUCGAACACGUCGCCGAGCAGAUUGGAAUCGACCGAUCGAAAGUGGAAAAGAAGCUGUCGCAGAUGAUCCUGGACCAGAAGCUGUCGGGCUCGCUGGACCAGGGCGAGGGAAUGCUCAUCGUUUUCGACGUGGCGCCGGCGGACGAAGCCUACCAGACUGCCGUCGAGACGUUGCACGCGAUGGGAGAAGUCGUCGACGCGCUCUAUCAGAAUGCCUCGAAACUCAAUUAA